GCAGUGCUUGACCGCCUCCGCCAUGUCAUCCAACAUGCAGAAACCCCAUCCUGGGUCAGCUCUGUGCCAUAUAACUUUGGUGCUGCUGCAGCUGGUAUGCCUAAAGUGGACAAGUGGUGUACCGUGUUCACCAUCCACCUUCCUAUCACCUUCAUCCUCCUUUUGGGUCUAGGCUCGCUGUGUGCUUCCGACGACAACACAUCUGCAUUGAGUCAGAUCUUGGACCACACUAUGCAGCUCGUUUGUGCGGUACUACUCGCAUGCAAACAUGCAACCACUCUGAGUCACAUCCAACACUACCAACAAUACAUGCAGAACUACGUCAGCCAGUUGUCCACUCUGUUCCCGAACCUAGAACAUGAAUCUAUCCAUCAUAUGGCCUUUCACAUUUCUGAUUUUCUCAAGCUUUUUGGCCCGGUUCAUUCCUGGUGGUGUUUUCCCUUUGAAAGGCUGAUCGGUAAACUG